AUGAAUGAUCAAUGCCCGGAGUGGAGGAUGUUCUUUGACGGAGCAUCAAAUUCCUUCGGGGCUGGUAUUGGAGUUGUUCUAGUUUCGCCUGAAGGAAAGCAUUACCCUGGUUCGGCCAAACUCCGAUUUUUCUGUACUAACAAUAUGGCCGAAUAUGAAGCGUGCAUUUUUGGGUUAAAGAUGGCGUUAGAAAUGGAGAUUAAGGAUUUACUAGUGUUCAGCGAUUCAGAUUUGCUUGUACAUCAGACUCUCAAGGAGUGGAUCACACGGGAUUCAAAGAUCUUGCCUUAUCAUUGCAGCUUACUGGAUUUAGCAAAUAAGUUUAGGAGUUUGGAGUUUCGGCACAUUCCUCGUGUCCGAAAUGUCUUUGCCGAUGCUUUGGCCACUUUAUCUUCAAUGAUUCAACAUCCAGAUGAGUUGGUAAUUGAACCUAUCCAGAUUCAUCUACAAGAAAAACCGGCUCACUACCUAGUUGUGGAAAAGUCUUCCAAUGGCCGUCCCUGGUACAACGAUAUCAAGAAAUUUCUCAAAACAGGGUUCUAUCCCCCUGGGGCAGAUACAACUGCUAAAAGUUUCUUGCGCAGAUUAUCCUCCAAAUUUUUCCUAAACGGAGAGGUGGUAUACAAAAGGACGUCAGAUUUGGGCCUUUUAAGGUGUGUUGAUGAAGAUGAAGCAGAAUACCUGAUGAAAGAAGUACAUAGUGGAGAAUGCGUCAAGUGUCAAUUGCAUGGAGAUGUUAUGCGCACUCCCCCUACAAAAUUACACAGUAUGACUACUCCCUGGCCAUGUUCGAUGUGGGGUAUGGAUGUGAUCGGAGCCAUUGACCCUCCCGCUUCAAAUGGGCAUCGGUUUAUUCUGGUGGCAAUUGAGUACUUCACCAAGUGGGUUGAAACUGAAUCUUAUAAGCAUGUGACUGAAAAGGUGGUGACGGACUUUCUAAGGAAGCACAUCAUUUGUCGUUUUGGAGUAUCAGAGACAUUAAUCACUGACAAUGCCAAGAAUCUCAACAAUGAUAUGGUAGAUAGAUUGUGUGAACAGUUCAAAGUCAGGCAUCAGAACUCCUCUAUUUAUAGACCACAGAUGAAUGGAGCUGUGGAGCCCGCAAAUAAGAACUUGAAGAAGAUAAUUUGA